ACUGUUAAUUCUCAGUCACUCGUUGUCCAGACGUGUAUUCUAUACCACGCUGCUCUGUUCCUCGCGUUUUUGUGAAGUUGCUUGCAAUAUAUCCUUAUUUUUUAUUAAUCCUAAUGGCUAAAUACGUGAAUUACAGUGAUUUUCUAUCUCCUAAUUAGUUUUUGUUGUGUUGCGAAAGACAUUGGACAUUAACUUCACAUAUUUGAAGAUAUAUUCGUUUAAAAUUCAACUUGGCGACAGCAUACAUGCAUCACUAUUUGAACGAGCUCCCACAAAAAAUGACAAUUACUUUGAUGUACCGAGUCAACCCUAUUUACUAUUCAGAUUACUCGGAUACGAUUUAGGCUUGCACCUGAAAUUAUUUCAUCUAAAACAUACGCUGUGCCAUUGGCUAUACAAUUUCGAAUACUAUAAAUACGGUGUGUAUCCGAAGGACAUCACCUGAUAUUUGGUUCCUGAUUGACUAAAAGGCAUUAAUUUUAAGAAAAUGGAUAUCGUGGCUAAUUACCACCCUGUCUUCAAAGCGUUCCUUGCUGGUUCGUUUUCGGGAACUUUCAGCACGAUUCUCUUUCAACCACUGGACCUGGUAAAGACGAGACUUCAAAACCCGAGUCAGCAUGUUGUUGCGGCGACAGUCAACGGCCGAAUCCAACCCGGCAUGAUUACGAUAUUCGUUAACAUCAUACGCCAGGAACACAUAGCCGGUCUAUGGAGAGGCAUGGUGCCGUCCAUAGCUCGUUGCGUGCCCGGCGUUGGCUUGUAUUUCUCAUCGUUACACUGGCUCAAGUCUAAAAUGGGCAAGAGUAGACAGGACUUGGGAGCGUUGGAGGCGAUCACUUUAGGAGUUGUUGCACGGUCAAUGAGUGGAAUUGCUUUGAUACCUAUAACUGUUAUUAAAACUAGAUACGAGUCCGGAGUUUACAAAUACAAUAGUUUGACUGGUGCCUUAAAAGCUAUAUAUAAAGCUGAAGGUUUCCGUGGUUUGUCUUGCGGAUUGGGUCCGACUCUGGCGAGGGACGCGCCGUUCUCGGGACUAUAUCUCAUGUUCUAUACACAGACGAAACAAGCUAUACCUAAAGAAUACCUACAAUCUCCAGCUUCAGCUAGUGUGGUACAUUUCUCUUGCGGUAUAAUUGCGGGUAUAGCUGCUUCGCUCGCUACUAAUCCGGCGGACGUCUUGAAAACUAAAAUGCAACUGUAUCCGGACAAAUUUCCGAACGCAUUCAGCGCGGCGAUGUAUGUUCAUCAGACUUACGGAGUCCGAGGUUACUUCAAAGGUGCAGUUCCGAGAAUGUUACGAAGAACUUUAAUGGCGGCGAUGGCUUGGACAGUGUUCGAAGAAAUAACUCGAUCUAUUGGCUUGAAAUAAGUUAUUUCGUUUUUAAACUACUCUCUUUGUGUUUCUUGUUCCUUGUUUAUGGUAUCUGUUAUCUACGUUUUGUAGAAAUAAUUUAUAGUUUUCUAUAGUAUAAGAUAUUAUGUAUUGAAUUAAAUACUACAUAGUUGUAAGCGAAUAGGUCGAGUUAGGUGUAAUGUUCAAAUGUUUUAUUUAGUAUAAAGACAA